AUGGCUUCGGAUGUUUUCGCCUUUGUCAGAGAGUUCCAGAUCAACAAAGGCAUCGACAUCUCCGACGAAUAUCUGGACGACACCAUGGUGCUUUAUCAUGCGAAUGGAAGAGUUGUUGAUCAACACGAUCAAUACUUAGACGAUGAAGCACGGAGUCUGGCGGAUCAUUAUCGAUACAUCGAGCAGAUUGAUAUUUGCAACCAAAAGACUGCGGACGCUUCCACUGAUAAAGUUGAAAUCAUUAUCGAUGAGCAAGAGUAUAGAACACUCUAUUGUGAGAGGGAGGGACAUUGGGAAACCAUCAAAAAGUUCAGGCGGAAAACCGCAUACUAUAUUCCAACGACGGUUGAUCGCGCUACUUUGAGGAAGUGUUCGACCUUCGCCGAUGAUCACUUCACAUACAAUCCGGGGGCUAAGACGCUUCAUCUGCCAGUGCGUUAUCCGAGACAACAUCAUGCUGCUCUGGGCGAGUUAUCGACUCAGGAUUUCAACAUCAACUAUCAUGUUUGCGUUGAUGGAAAAAGACUCGCCGAACAACCCGAUGAUCAAAUGGCGUUCAUACGACCGGAGGAAAUCAACGAAUACGUCAUUCCAUGGCUGCAAAAAGUGCAAAAACAGAUCAAUCGCAAAGGAGAUGAAUUAGACAAAGAGGACGAUGCAGGACCACCCAAGGAGACGUGGCGCGCACGCCAGCCAACAGGGCCUGACGGUGCUGUCGCCAUGGGAAUUCCAGUUGCACUUGACGACAAAAUCCAUCUCUACAACGCUAUGCUGCAGCUAGGCCUGCCCAAAUUUGUGCAACUGGUAAGAAAGAACUCCUCCGAUGCAUGCCUGUUUGUAAGACAUAGACUGACCAUACACCCAACGUUUUAG